AUGCACCAGGGCUAUCCCAAAGAAACACUGGUGCGUUUCCUUAAGGCUAGAGAGUGGAAUGUAUCAAAGGCUCAUAAAAUGAUUGUAGAUUCUUUGAAUUGGAGGAUUCAAAAUGAAAUUGAUAGUGUGCUGGAGAGACCUAUAGUCCCAGUAGAUUUAUACAGAUCAAUACGUGAUUCACAACUUAUUGGCCUGUCAGGAUACACAAAGGAGGGUCUUCCAGUUUUUGGCAUUGGUGUUGGACAUAGCACAUAUGACAAAGCUUCGGUCCACUACUAUGUGCAAUCUCAUAUCCAGAUUAAUGAGUAUCGUGAUCGUAUAAUUUUGCCUAGGCUGACACAACAGUUUGGGCAGCCUGUUACCAAAUGUAUAAAAGUUCUAGAUAUGACUGGUUUGAAGCUAUCAGCACUGAGCCAAAUAAAGAUCUUGACUUCCAUAUCAACAGUUGAUGAUCUGAAUUACCCUGAAAAGACAGAGACCUAUUAUGUAGUCAAUGUUCCAUGCAUAUUUUCUGCUUGUUGGUACUAUCAAUUACCACUGAUAUUCAGAUUUGCGAUGCUUAACAUUUGUAGAUUAUGGACUACUCGUCACUUCCCCAUUUCUGCCGCCGGGAGGGCUCUGGAUCAUCAAAGCAUUCAUCUACUGACGUCGACAACUGCUUCUCCCUUGACCAUCCUUUCCACAAAAGAACUUUACGACCAUAUCAAAGAGCAAGCGUCGUGCAGGGAGCUCAUCAAGAUGGGUUCACUGCACGUCAGCAUUCCCGAGCCAGACCCAGAUGACGCGAAGAUCGUCGAGGUCAUCCAGGCUGAGUUCCAGAAGAUCGGUGAGCAGGAUGAAUCCCCCAACGGCAACAAGGAUUAG